AGAACGAAAAGAGAAGCCGCCCUCGACCGGUCUCCGGCUUCGGUUCCGUGCUCUUCUGUUUGCCUUCCUCUUCCCCCCUUCUGCUUCCUCGCCGUCGCUCCACCGCUUGAGAUGGGCCGAAGAUCAUUCUCUUCAGCCUUGGCAUCGUCUUUCGUCGUCACUACGCUACGGCGUCGUCGGCAUCUGGUCUGCUUCUUUCGACGUUUCGUUGUCCUCUUAUCUCAUCCUCCUCCUUUAUUUCGAUUUGCUUAGAAUGUUGAGGUGAUAUUUAUUGUUUUGGCUGGUGGCUUCAUACGAUUCGGUGCCAAUUGUUUCUUAGGGCGGAUUGCGGAGGAGGUCCUCGAUAAAAGGAUUUAUAGUUCUACGCCGGCAGGGCAGAAAGACUUGCCUUUCCGAUCAACUGCUACUAUUCACCAUGACUCUCUCUCUCUCUCUCUCUCUCUCUCUCAGCUUUUAAUUCAUUUAGAUGUAAUUACGCGUUGUUCUAGGUCUGGUUCUCAGUUCUGAGUUCAAAAUUUUGGGAGUUGAAUGUACUUGCACUACAUAAUCGAACUGUUGGACUGUGAUUAAUAGCUUAAUCUAAGGGUUAGCUUAAUGGGGUUAUUCACUGUGCUGGGAGAAUUUUCUGGCCUUUGGCAGUUGACAUAGACCAGCUAGAUCGAGCUCGGAUCUUUUAGGAGCCCACCAUCGAGUUUAGGAUUUAAGAUGAAGAUUAAAUUGUUCUUGCGAGUCAGUUAAUGUUUUCUGAAACACUUGUUGGCUAAAUCGGAUCAUCUAGGAUCGUAAAAAGUCAUCUGACUAUGAUGGUUUGAGGUAGUCGUAUUAGGGCUGUAGAGCUCUAAGCUGAUUUCUAACAGUAUAUGAUGCCCAAAACCCUACUUAAUAGAUCCUAGCAACAGCUGCAAUGCUGUUGAACUGUAAGGCUGCUGUAGGCUGAAUUUUUCAAUAUCUUCUAGUGGACAUAAAAAUUGAUUUAGGGACUUCUAAAGAUGUUUUGUGAUAUUCUUCUUCACAAGGAACAUCUUCAGAUGCUACUGGUGUGACUUUGGCAACGUUGUUCUCAUCAAUUCUAUCUUAUAAAGAUUGUAGGGUUGCAAUGGAGUCACGUCUAAUAUAUAUUUUGUCCAAGGGCACUUUGAUUUGAAUAAAACAUGUACACAUCUUUUCCAUCAAUCUUCAACAUCUCUUUGAGAUCUUUGUCCUUCUCUUUACUGUCGGUGGAAGUGCAAAUUAACAUAUUUUUAGGCUACUUAGGCAUCUUCAUUUUACAAAUUUUGCACUAUUAGUUGAUGAGAUGGUUUGCAUAAUUUUGUUGAUUGGCAAUAAUAGUUGUAGUGGUGUUUGCUCGACUUCCAAAUAUGUUAUUUUGGAGCUACUAUCAUUGUCGUGGAGGAUUUGAAGUAGUGGUGGAUCUUAGUACUUUGUAGGCUUAUCCAAAUCGGACUUUACAACUCCAUAAUUCUAGCCAAACAUCUCUUAGGCUUGUGACAACUGGUAAUUUUUAUUGAAUAUCCUACUAUAUGGUUGAGAAUGCAGUUGGUAUAGAGUAUCCUCUGGUGGUGUUCAGAUCAUUGAUAAUUUGUUAAGCUCAUCAGUGUAAUUCUUGCAGUAGUACUGACACCUGAUUGAUCUAUGAAGUUGGUUGGUCAACCUAGAUGAAUUUUCCAACCAAUAGAUCUAUGUGGACCCUCCUCAUAUCUAUGAUAAGCUUGGCAUUGAUGCCAGGGUAGUCAUGUGGAAAACUAUGUUAGAGUUGUUGAUUGACCAUUGGAUGAAAAAAAUUGCGUCAUAGUAGUCACCAUUUGGGACUUUGUAGUAGGCGUACGGGAAAGAUUAUGGUGGUGUUUAGCAGGAGUUCAUGAGGUUGCAAAAGGAGGACCCCAAUCUGGGGUAGAGCAGUGAAGAAGAUCAUGAAGGAUAUGUUAGCUCUGUUACUAUAGUGGUUGGAAGGAUCUCCUCUUAUGAGACUACUGUCUUCGAUGGGAAGUAGUAUAUAUAUAUAGUACACACAUAGAAGAGGGGGAGGGAGAGAGAAAUGAGAAAGAUUUAAUAUUUGGAAGAUCCCGGUCAUGCCUUUUGUGUUACAAGUUCACUUAUUUAUAGUAGUUGUGAGACAGGGGAAUUGAUCUCGUCUGCCCAUUAUGACUGGGUUUUGUGUUAUUUGUGCUUAAACUGCAAAUAGUGAACAUGCAUAUGCAGUUUGGUUUGUAAGAAACUCUGCAGUUUCUGUAAGGUAAGCAUAAUAAUAAUUUGAAAUGAAAAUUUUCAAUAUGUAUAUAGUGUUGUGAAAUGUGUCAAGCAGAACAACAAUUCUCAUAUGAACAGCAUGUCUGACAUGUGAAUAAUCUGCUAGAAAAGAAGUUCAUGACCCGUGGGCCUUCCACCUCCAUGCGGCAUUGCUUCUUCAAGCUUUCACCCAUUGCGGAAAAUUCCCCGCUCCUGCCUGUCAGAUUUUUGGCUUUUCUAAACUGUGUUUUAUGCAUCUCUGCUUCUUGAUUUCUGUUUAAAACUCCGAUAUUAGUUCUUGUGAUUGAUAAAUGCCUCACAAGUUUGUAACUUGUGGUUUCUCAAAAUGAUGCAGAGCUGAUAAUGAAAGAAUUACAACAUUCACAAUAGGUUCUGGAAAGGGCAUUGUCAUUCUUUUCAAAUGCCAGAUGUUGCUUUGCUGCUUCAAAUAUUUGAUUCUUUGAAGGUGUUUAACAUCAUUAAAUAAAAGCGAACAGAUUAUGCAGUUGCAAUUGGGUAAAUAAAAGUGUUUAAUAACAAACAUAUGUUGAGGUCUAAAUUCCAUCUACUUCAGGCAUAAGUAAUGGUUUUAUAAUUUGCCUUAGACAUGAACUGGCUAUACUUAUGCUCCGGUCAUCAGCAGGCUAUGGUCCCUGAGGUUCAGAGCAUAGCUUUUAAACUGGAAAUGUGAAAUCACUUCUCCACCACAUGUAUGAAUUUACCUUGGUAAACAAAGGUUAGUGAACUUCCUAGUUGCUGCUCUAAAAUGGAAUGUGAAACUAUAUGGCUUAAAGAUAUCAUAUUGUCUUCCACGUUAGUUUGAAUUUUAAAAGAUGAUGAGCUAGGUUAGUUUUUGCUUUUCUGCUGUUGAUUAUUUGGAGCUAAUUAUUAGUUACAGGAUUCAGCGUGAAGUGGUUAUAUUGGUCAUUCUUACCUUGUUGUAUAUUAGUAAACUUAAUACAUCAUCUUCAUAAUAUCUUUGUGAUUGUAGAAGAUUGAAUUAUUUUGGAGAUGGAUAGAUUAUCUAUAAAAUCACCGAUAUCCUGAUGGAAUUCCCGCUAUAGUUUGAGUCAUCACUAUUGUACUAACUACUAACAGGUAACUCCUUCACUUCAACAAGUAUUUGGACUUCUUGGUGCUGCCUUGAACCACUGCUAUCCAGAAAGGACUUUUCCUGUCAGGUUAAUAUUUGGUAAGCAUUAUUCUUUUGCUUCUAAUUUUGGGUCUAUAAUUUUGUUCUGACUAGGAAAUUUUAACAAACUACAGGUGUAAGCACCAUAGAUAUUUAUAGUUCAAUAUCUUGUUUUGAUAUUUUUAUUCUAAUAAAGGAUUUACUUGAGAGUAGGAUUGAAAUAGGAUAUAUUUGGCUUGGUAAAAGAGGAUUCUUCAUUCUGUAAACCACAAAGAUGUUUAAAUAAAUUUGUUAUAAAUGCCUAAAUAUAUUUAUUGCAAUCAAUAGAUUUAGUUUAGCAGGUACUUCUGAUAUGGAUAUUGUUUAUGCACGUACAGUUAUGUAGAGUGUGGCUGUUGGUAUAAAUGUAACUAGAUAUCCAAUCAUAGAUCAUUAAUAUUAUUUCUGUAGACUAAUUGUUGUCUUAUAUUUUUGUUGAUAUGCAUGCAUUGGAUUACGGAGACUAUCCCUAGAAACUAAAUGUUUUAGUAAAAUAGGACUAAAUCCGAAUACAUGUAAUUUUAAUAAUUCUACGAAUAAAUAAGAAAAUAUAGUUAAAUUAGGAUGAAUAUGUUCUUUUAAGUAAAAGUUUUAGGUAUCUUAGAUUAAUUAUUUAACAAGAUAGAGAGAUUGAUGGAGAUAUUAUUCGUAAAGUAAAAUUAAAAUAGUUAAAAUGACGUGGAACUUUAGGAAUCUUGUGUGAUCAUCGGAUAUAUUUGAAAUUUUUAAAAAAAAUUUAUAAAAUAGUUAUGAGACUAAUAAUGUUUUAUGGGUCUGAGUAUAAGAUAGUUAAGAAACAACGUAUACAAAAAAAAAAUUGUGUUGCCGAGAUGAGAAUGUUAGAUGGAUAUAUGAAGUUACUAAGAAAGAUAAAAAAAGAAAUACUUUUAUUUGUGAACAAUUAAGUAUUGUUUUGAUAGAGGAUAAUAUGAGAGAAAAUCAUUUAAGAUAGUAUGAGCACGUGCUUAAGAGACAUCCGGAUGUGGUAGUCGGAAGAGGUGAAAUGAUUAAUGUUAAUAUUAUGAGAAAAGAUUAAAAAAAUUAAAUUUUUUUUAAUAAAAAUUAUAAAUAAAUAUUUAAGUAUUUUAAAUUCAAUUAAACAUAUAACUUUUUAUUAAUCUCAAUAAUGAUAAAAGAUUUAUACAAUCGAUUCUAAAUAAUUGAGAGUUAUGAUUUUAUUGUUAUUAUGAUGCGUGACAUAUUGAAAGUGAUUGGAUCUUGAAAGGUGGGGGGCAAUGCAAUUAAUUCUCUUGCAAGUUUAGUCUUUUAUGAGAGAAGCUAACUCGAUCAUAAUUGAUGGGUUAUGGUUUGCAAAAAGCAGCUCCGCCUGCUUUCCCUCUCCACCUUCCAUGGAUCUUUCUUAUCACAGUCCGCACUGAUUGAGAACUUACUAAAUUGUCACAGCAUCGCAGGGAACUUACUAAAUUAUGCAGAUCUUACAUGCAAUUUGGCUGGGUCUCGGCGUUGGUCGAGGAUCACAUGACAGCAUGUGUUGCAGGCUGACCCUCGUGGAUUAUCUUUUUCCCAGAGCAGAGAUUACUCCAACUCAUCCAAUUUGUUUCUUCUGCCUACUCCAAUGAGGUUUCUUGGAUCUUGUUAGCUGUGUGCUGCACCAUUCAACUUGGACUUUGAAUGGAUUAGAUCCCGUACUGUUCUGCAAUAUUUUUGAGCUCAGCUGUGAACUAAAAAGCUGAUGAGCCUCGCUGGCUUUGCUGUACUGGAGCAGCUGCAGAGCUGGAGCAGCGUAGGCCAACCUAUGACUUUGGACAUCUCCUGCGUACGGUUUAGAAUAUAAGCCUCGGAGGGCCAAGUCCGAUUACUGAUCAUACAGGCUGGCCACGGAAGAGGCAGUCCAAGAGCAGCAGUCAUUGGAUUCUCCUCGAGUCCCAUGUGUUUCUUUUCUCCUCUUUCCAAUUAUUCCAACACUUGUUUCUUCGACUCCAUGCAAUCAUUUGGUCCUUUCAAGUCGAUCGUAUCUCAGCCUCAACAACAUGCGAUUUAUCAUCAGUUUGCAGAAAGAAAGCUUGCGGACACUCGAGUCUUGUGUCUUGGAUGCAAAGUUGGAUGCUUUAAUGUUGGUGUCGAGCGAGUUGGUGCUCACAUUCAUAAUCCUGGACUUGAGCUUUGAACAUAAUGAUGGUCAAUAGUAAAAAGGAAAAAGAAUUCUGGGAUAAAGAAUGUAAAGAAAAAGGUCUUCCUAGUUGUUCCUUGAAUCUCCAGUGAACUGAAGUGGCCUACUAAUACUUUAUGAAAUAGUCAAACAAGCCAAGUUUGGCUUGUAAUGUCAGAGAGAUCAUAUGGUGCAAGUGGCUUUUGGAAAGUGCACUUAAUAUAUAUGUUGUAGCCUUACCAUCUCCAAUAUCAUGCAGCUUAUUCUAGGAGACAGACUUGGAACAUCCUCCAGGGUUUCCGGUCUUUCCAGUGACCAGAGAGCAGCAUAGAGUGGAGCAGCUGCAAAGCAAAAAGACCUCACUCCUUCACAGUAGACGAGGAAAACGAAUUAGAUACAUAGAUAGGGCACACAGGAGGCCAGCAAGUAGCAGGGUAUGGGGAGCGAGACUACUCCACUAACAAAAUGGCAACUUUCCAUAACGCCCAUUCCCUCCCCUAAUCUUAACUCUGGUGGCGGUGAACCCAUGUCGACCGGAGCAGCAGAAGCUCAACCUUUUGUCCUUCCACAUGAGACCAUGGGGGAAUGGGAAAGAAAUCCCGUAAUUGAGAGAUCUCGUACCACCUCUCUCCAAUCCUCUGUGUCCACUGUGGUCAUCGUUGAUGGUAUCCGAUUAAAAGGUACUGUCCCCUCACCCCUGUCCACUUCCUGCUGGUAAAUCUCCCACAUUUACAGCCACAGGCCCACGCUUGCUCCCUCCCCGCAUACGUUCUUCUCACUCCUACUUGUAUACAGUAUGCACUCAGAUUGAGAGAUUUGGCAGGACUGGUACGUACAAUACAACAAACACAUGGUAGGCAGACCUUUGUUCCUUGCGCGCUCAUUCAAUUGUGUCAUGUGGGGUUUUGGGGCUCCCGUCUCUUCUUUGGGUUCUUUCGGUUGGUUUGUUCAUCCUUUCCGCCUUGGGGCCUCUUGCGGAUAGUCGAGUGAGUGAGCCUAAGCUGGGAGUGCUCGAUCGAGUGGAAUAUAUGUCACCAUCGACUACUACGAAUUUUCGACCGACGAUGUAGGAAUGGUAUAUGUCGGCUUGAGCUGUUACUUGUUUUCGCAAGGUGAUGGUCUGUGGAAACAGAUAGCAGUGGCAUUUUGUCCAUUAAUGGAUGGAUCACUGGUCGAUGGCCUGUCUUCCAAUUUAAUGUUAACUGGAUUCUGAGUAUCAUCCCGGUUGGGUUUUGUCAGUUUUAGUUGCCCGCAAUCAAUCACCUCAAAAACCAAUUUGGCAGUAUUAACAUGCAAGAUUUGAACAGUCACGUUACAGAGAAGCGUCGCAUCGGAUCCAGUGUCCCUGCCAGACAUAGAAGUAUUCUUUGGUGGAUUAGUGGACGGUUGAAUCACUGGAAAAUUUUUUUGAGUGUGGUUGGAAUAUAUUUUUCGAAUUGCUUCCGUUUUGGGACUCCCAUUUAAUGGAAUAGGUCAUGCAUUGGUGUCAAGUUGCAGCCGUAGUUGGAGGAGCUGCUGGAGGUCUUGCAUUCUUGGUGAUUGUCAUUGGGUUUCUGUGGUUUUAUUUUUUGCACUGUAGGACCCCUGCAAAUAAAAGUUCUGAGACUGGUUCUUCCGACCCAUCUACGCUGGUGGAAUGGAAUAGGAGAGAUCGGAUAUCAUCUUCAGGUUGUGGUCGGAGUGCUAGGCAAUUUACUUUAGAAGAGUUGGAAGAAGCUACUAAAAACUUUAGCGAAAGCAAUCUUGUUGGCACUGGUAGUUUCGGUUUGGUGUACAAAGGUUUGCUUCUUGAUGGGACUCUUGUGGCAAUUAAAAGGCGUGUAAGUGUUCCAAGGCAGAAAUUUGUCGAAGAGGUUGAAAUUUUAUCAGAGAUCAGGCACCGCAACCUAGUUACUCUUAUUGGUUAUUGUGAGGAAGGUGGUUUGCAAAUGCUAGUUUUUGAAUACUUGCCUAAUGGAGGUGUCUCUCGUCACUUGUAUGAUGGGGAACAACAUUCACUCUCAAGGCUUGAAUUUAAACAAAGGCUUGCGAUAGCUAUUGGAGCAGCCAAAGGAUUAGCUCAUCUGCACAGUCUUGCACCUCCUUUGGUACAUAAAGACUUCAAAACAAAUAAUGUCUUGGUUGAUGAGAACUUUAUUGCAAAAGUAGCUGAUGCAGGUCUUCAUAAAUUAGUGCAAGGAAGUGGAGAAAUUGGGCCUCAAGGAAGUAGCAGUAUCUUCCAAGAUCCAGAGGUUGGAGAGUUAGAAGGAUUUUCUGAAGCCAGUGAUGUUUACAGCUUUGGUGUGUUUCUUCUAGAGUUCAUAAGUGGCAUGGAGGUGGCACAUUGCUUCUCUCUAGAUUCACACAGUUUCUUAGCCCAGUGGGUGGAAGCACAUGCAGGUUCAAAUGAUCUCAUCGAUCGCCGGCUCGGUAAUGCCUUUACCUCUGAGGGAAUGAAAGAGCUAAUUGCACUAACCCUUCGAUGCUUGAAUCCAUCUGGGCAUAACCGUCCAAAGAUGCGAGCGAUCGCUGUGGAGCUUGAUCAGAUUCUCGAGACCGAGAUGGCACUGACAACAGUCAUGGGUGAUGGUACUGCCAUAGUUACCCUCGGGAGCCAGUUAUUUACUUCGACAUGAACAACGAACAUCUGUUAUUUGAUCAUAACUAGUCCCAAGAACAUAGCUUUUUGUCCAGGGAACCACCACCAGAUUUGCCGCUUUUAAAGCUGCAGUACCAGAUUAUUUUUUAUGAUGGCAAAUGGGCACUCUUGGCUGUAAUGAUCAGUGGUGAAGUUCAACUUCUAUUACCUCUGAGGUGGCUUUGAUGAAGCACACCAUGACAACAAAUGAAGCUUCAUAUAUGAUUCAACUAAUUCUUGAAUUGUGUAAAAUGAUUCUGUGGAAGAGUCCAUUGAGGUGUUUGUUAUUCUAGAUGUGGGGAGAGCUCGCCUUCCUCUUCUGCAAAGCCCAGUGUUUGUUAUCUCUUACUCCCAAAGUUGGGAGUUCUUUUUCAGGGAGCCUUAACAUUACUAUGCCAAAUAGGAGCGCUGUAAAGAGAACACACAAGUGGAAUUGCCACCUUGCAAUCAGACACUACAAUCUCGCCAUUUCAAUGACUCCAUUUCCUGUUUCUCUGUAAGUGAUAUGUGCUGGAGGAGUGAACUGAUGACCACAGUUUCAUGUUUGAUGAUGACUGCUCCAUUUUGCUGGCCUUGACUCGUGUGAUAAUAGGAUCGACAGUCAAAAGCACCGCUACGUCUCUCUUCGGUUCUCACCUGUAUGGCUUUCGACGCCUCGCAUUUUGAUGCCGGCGACAUGUCUUCAACCGGUCCGGCGUGUUUAAUGAU